GGGUUGAACUCGACGGAGCAUGUGCUGGGCGCGAAAUGUUCUUGCCCUACAGGGAUUUUCAUUUGGCUAAUGACCUUGUUGGCCACAAUGGCACAGCGGGGCGCCAGUUCGACAGCCCUGUACCAAAGUGUAUUGGUCACGGUGUGAGCAGACGACGCACAUCCCGCAAAAAUGUGACGCUUUGCUUCGCAGUUCGAAGUCCAGGACGAGGCUCGGACUUUCGGUCGUCGCGUUGGCCGAAAACGCCCUUCUGUUUUAUUAAGUCUGACAUGAAAUUGGAUGUAGAAGGUGGUCCUGGUGGUCAGGGGGCUAUGAUGGGACCUGGGGGUCCUGGGCGUGGAGGUGGUCGUAUCAACAGGUUCAGAGGUGGCAUCGGAGGAGCGGGACGUGAUGAAAGAGGCAUGCGGUCACAGGAUGAUCGUCUCAAUGAAAGACUUGCCGCUCUGCAAGCUCCAACUCAUGAUUUACCUCCACAAGACACACAUGAGAAGAAGUUCUCUGGGCGUUGUCGUUUAUACAUUGGUAAUUUGACUAAUGAUGUGACGGAGGAAGAAAUCAGCCAGUUAUUUGCACCGUAUGGAGAAACAGCAGAAUUGUUUGUCAACAAGGAAAAGAACUUUGCAUUUAUUCGCCUGGAUUAUAGAGCAAAUGCUGAAAAGGCAAAAAGAGAACUCGAUGGAUCUUUGAGAAAAGGUAGAGCUCUUAAAGUGCGCUUUGCCCCUCAUAGUGCUUGCAUUAAGGUGAAGAACCUUACACCUUGGGUUACCAAUGAAUUGCUGGAGAAAGCAUUUUCAGUGUUUGGUGAAGUUGAGCGUGCUGUUAUAAUUGUUGAUGAGAGGGGGAAGUCAAUGGAGGAAGGUAUUGUAGAAUUUGCCCGAAAACCGGGUGCACAGAUGGCAUUGAGGAGGUGUACUGAUGGCUGCUUCUUUCUGACAGCGUCUUUGCGACCUGUAGUUGUGGAACCUUUUGAACAACUUGAUGAUGUUGAUGGUUAUGCUGAAAAGAAUCUUCCAAAGAAAAAUCCAGAAUAUUAUAAGGCUCGGGAGGUUGGUCCUAGAUUUGCUAAUCCUGCAAGUUUUGAGUAUGAAUAUGGUACUCGUUGGAAACAACUAUAUGAACUUCAUAAACAGAAGGAGGAUGCUCUUAAACGGGAGAUGAAAAUGGAAGAAGAAAAACUUGAAGCUCAAAUGGAAUAUGCUCGUUAUGAGCAUGAAACUGAAAUUUUGAGAGAACAACUGAGACAGCGUGAACUUGAUCGUGAACGUCAAAAACGUGAGUGGGAGAUGAAAGAGCGACAAGCAGAAGAACAGAGGAUAGCUGAUGAAGAACGUAUGAGACGUCAACAAGAAGAAAUGCAGUUGCGGAUGCAUCAUCAAGAGGAAGAACUGAGACGCAGGCAACAAGAGAACUCUCUCUUUAUGCAGGCUCAUCAGCUCAACAGCCUGCUUGACCAGCAAGAGCAGGCAUUGAGGCAGACUCCUGCUGGCUAUGAUUCUCCAUCAGCUGAGCAAGCGUUAAGAGAUUAUGAUGCAGUUGGAGCUGGUCCAGGGAAUAUUCCACCGGACCCGAAGUCUUUUAUGGAUGCGUACGACCGUGGAGCUGGACGCUACGAUGGUCGCGGAGACAUGCGUGAGGAAAUGGGGGGUCCUAAUGCCGGGCCACGUGGAGGAAACCCGCGUGGACGCUGGGGCCAGAAUGAACGUAGGGGUGGUGAUGAUUACCCUACCAACAAGAGGCGACGUUAUUAAUAAAAUAUAUCUACAAACCUACUUGCACCAUUAUUUACCCUGAACAGGGUCGUUUAUUUGGUGGAAAAAAAAAUUUUUUUUUGAGACUCAGUAAAUUAACAAUUGUUUUUAUGUAAUUUAGAAUGUAGCUCUUAAUCCUCUAGGGAAGAUUUUUGCCGGUAUUUUGUAAAAAUCAGAUUCAUGAGUAUUAAUUCAGAAUUUUUGAGGUUCUGCCUUCCUUGUGGGGUGGGAGGGAUAUGCAUUCGGUAAGAAGUUAGAUUAGAAUAGUUCAUGUCUUAGUCAAGUAAAUUAGUGUCGAUUGAGAGGUGUCUCCUUGUCGUUAAUGUAUCCUGUGACUUUACAAUCUCUUUGACUUUUUUGCUGAAUGAUCAGCGAUUAUAUAUAUUUUUUUUAGCUUCUCAAUUAUAUAUGGCAAUGCACACAUAAAAAGGUAGAUUGUAUCUUAUUCAUGUAUCACUAAGACAUUUUAUAAAUAAAUUUAAAUGUAAAUUUA